AUGGAGAUCGUCUCAUCGAAAAAGCUAGCGUGGUUCGCGCUCGCGUUCACCGUGGUGGCCGCCGCCGGUGUCGCUGUGGCCCAGAACACGGCGCAGGACUUCGUGAACCUGCACAACUCACCGCGCGCGGACGUGGGCGUCGGGAACGUGACCUGGAACGCCACGGUGGCGGCGUACGCGCAGAGCUACGCGAACCAGCGCGCGGGCGACUGCCGGCUGGUGGUGUGGCGCGCCUCCACGGCCAUCGGCUGCGCCCGCGUCGUCUGCAGCAACAACGCCGGCGUCUUCAUCAUCUGCAAUUACUACCCGCCCGGCAACGUCAUUGGACAGAGCCCUUACUAG